AGGGAGCCGCUGGGUCACUGAGGAUGGGGAACUCGGAGCUCCGGGACCACGGCGUCCGGAGGACGCAUCAGUGCAGCUAACACCCCGGAAUGCGAUGCGCACCUAUAUCCUUCAGCUGGCCUCAACAUCUUGCGUCGCUCCCAGCAUCUUGGAGUCACAAGACAGGUGAUCCCUGGCUGAGUAUCUCAGAACUCUGGUCCCGGAUGCACUACCGAGAUUCUCCUGCUGAACUCUGGAAUCUCGGGGGCAGAAGCCGGUGGAGACCUUCCCAGGCAGCCUUAGGAGCUGUCCAGUGCUGAUCACGGAUGCCCCCGGCCCCGGGGUGCUCGGACCAGAGCCUGCCGCGCCCCGCAGAGCCCCGGGCUGUGCUGCUAGGAGCACUGACGCAGAGCGCUGGGAAAGCUGGGAGCAGUUGGCUCUGAGCUGGACAUGGAGCUGCAGAGACCGGACUCCUACCAGGGCGGAGCUGGCCCUCACUUCAGCGAGCAUGUCCUACAUAAGACCAUCCUGGUUGGCGACAGCGGUGUUGGGAAGACGUCUCUACUGGUUCAGUUCGACCAGGGAAAGUUCAUCCCCGGCUCCUUCUCAGCCACCGUGGGCAUCGGAUUCACAGUGAUGCUCCUGGGAGACUCAGGCGUCGGCAAAACCUGUUUCCUGAUCCAAUUCAAAGACGGGGCCUUCCUGUCCGGAACCUUCAUAGCCACUGUCGGCAUAGACUUCAGGAACAAGGUGGUGACAGUGGAUGGUGCCAGGGUGAAGCUUCAGAUCUGGGACACUGCAGGACAGGAGCGCUUCCGCAGUGUGACCCAUGCUUAUUACCGAGAUGCUCAAGCCUUGCUCCUGCUGUAUGACAUCACCAACAGAUCUUCUUUUGACAACAUCAGGGCCUGGCUCACAGAGAUUCAUGAGUAUGCUCAGAGGGAUGUGGUGAUCAUGCUGCUAGGCAACAAGGCGGAUGUAAGCAGUGAAAGGGUGAUCCGCUCUGAGGAUGGAGAGACACUGGCCAGGGAGUACGGCGUUCCCUUCAUGGAGACCAGCGCUAAGACUGGCAUGAACGUGGAGUUGGCCUUUCUGGCAAUUGCCAAGGAGCUGAAAUACCGUGCAGGGAGGCAGCCUGAUGAGCCCAGCUUCCAGAUCCGAGAUUACGUGGAGUCCCAGAAGAAGCGCCCCAGCUGCUGCUCCUUUGCAUGACUCCCAGGGGGCUGAGAGGAGGCCCGAAGAGCCGUGGGGGUGCAGUUACUCCAACUGCCAUGCUAACCAGAAGAGAGCUGGGGGCUUGGUGGGCAGCUUCUGCCACCCUGGUUUCUUUAGCUUCCCUGCAUCACGGGAAGGAUAAAAUAUUUAUAUUUUAUCUUAUCUAUAUAAACAAAUACUAAAAACAGCACCAGUGUGGCCCCCAAACCGAAAUAAGGAGGGACUGGUGGUCCUUUCCCCUCUGGGGACAAGUUCUAAACAGCCAGGCAUCCCUUCUAGCAAGGGUAUUACUGUGCCAGCAUGGCAACAGGGGAUGCCACACUGCUAGGGUAUGGGAGCCCAUCACCAUCCUCGCUAGGGAGGCUAAGGAGAACCCAGCCUUCUCUUCCUCCAGUUUCCCGGGAGAUAACCCUUCCCAAUAAGGCAGGCCUUAGUGCUGGGAGCUAGCCCAAAGCCUCAGGAAAGAUAAACAUGGAGGUGGGGGUGGGGUGUAAGAAAACGAGGUUACCAGGUCUGCUAAGCUACCUCUGGCUUUCCUAAUCCCCUUCCUGGAAGUGUGCCCCCUUUUCUCCAGCACACAAGCACAGUGGGCACCUGAAAACCUUACUUCUUAUUCUCUGGACCUCACAUCACAGGGGAUGCCCACCAUCCCAUGGAAUUUCUCUGUCUGCCUGGGUUCCUAGACAACAGAGGUCAGAGCCAGGAAAAAAUAGCCCUCCCUCCCAAUCCUUUGACAAGGUGUGCAGCAGCACAGCUAUUUAAGGCAGAGGUAAGAGCCAUACAAAGAGCUUGCUGGCUCCUAGAAUGGGUAGGAGGCAGAACUGAACAAGCCGUACGUAGUCCAUUUUCCCCCGUCAGUCCCUAGCUCUCUGUCCUCCUCCUCCCUGCUCCCUUUAACUUCAGACCAAUGCUAGAGCCCAAACUGUUUUAUCUCCCCCUCUUCCGAUAAAUCAGGCAAAGGGUGGGAAAUUGUCCAUUUCUGGAUGAGAUGAUGUAAGAUGAGGAAAUACGUAUGUGGAGAAGCCUGUGGCACAGAGAGGGGCAGCAAGAAGGUCCUGGAGGCCCAAGGCCAUAUGUCCCCCAAAGCUGACUCACAGGACGACACUGGAGCUGUGUGGAUCUGCGGGUACAGGCACCUUUACUGCAGCUCUGUAGGCUGGGCACAGACUGAGACUCCAAGAAUGUACGCAUCCAACACGUUUGAGGUUCCUGUAUUUGCUUUCAAGGCAGAAAUCUUGCUCUCGGAACAGAGUCAGCACUCUCAACUUGGGUUGAUAAGGAAGCUCUCUGUGACCUCUCACAGGCAGAUCAGGGAGGAGCCUGGGCUUGCCUUGUUCCCUUCUGGGGCUCUGAGCAGAUUGCAGGCGCUCCAGUCACACAGCUCUGGGCCUCUGGCAUUUGUGUUUUUCAAAAUUAAAUUGCAGUAUUUUGGAAAGUA